AUGGUGUCCAAGAAGGUCUUGGAAGAAGACCCAUACCACUUGGCAGCCUUGCCUGUUCAUAUUUCCUCGCUGGUGAUGCUGAACAUGACCAAUGUUGUCUUCUAUGUUGCGCAUCAGCUGAUGAACGCCUAUCCCUCCACGGCUGUCGCCUGGUACACUGCAGGUUGCUACUACUACAUGAUCAAGAAGUACGAGCACGCCCGGCGGUUCUUUCACAAGGCCUUGUCCUUUGACACCUGCUUUGCCCCGGCCUGGGUGGCAUAUGGCCAUGCCUUCGCGCAGCACGACGAGAGCGACCAAGCCCUCGCUGCGUACAGAACUGCUAGCCGCCUGUUCCCGGGCUGCCAGCUGCCUUGGCUCUUCAUAGGCAUGGAGUACGUGCGGACCAACUCGCUGCAGUUGGCGCAGCAGUGCUUGGAGUGCGCGCGUACACUGAUGCCUUCAGAUCCGCGGGUAUUCAAUGAGAAGCUAGGGGUAGUUGCCUAUCACAAGCGGAACUACGAAGAGGCUGUCCAGCUCCUACGACGCGCCAUCAGCUUGUGCAGCAGCCCAGACGAGGCAAUGCAUACGAACCUGGGCCACGCACUGCUGAAGUGCGAGCAGCAUGGCGUUGCCCUGGAGGCCUUCCGCAACGCCCAGCGCCUGGACCCCAAGAGCUCCUCCGCGCUGGCCGGGGUGGCCUUUGCGCUGCACCUCCAGGGCAAGCUGGAUGAGGCAAUCGACUUCUACCACCGUGCCCUGAGCCUCGAGCGAAACGACGCCUUCUGUGCUGAGAUGCUCAACUACGCCGUUAUGGAGGCCCUGGACAACAACAUGGACACCUUCACUUGA